ACCACUGGAGGACUGAUAAACAAUGGUACAGUCUCACUUAAUGGGUGUGGUUGAAUUGUGCGUAUGAGGAUCUGCGUUUAAACUCGGCGCAUUAUAAUGGUGAUCGCUUAGGACUUGUGGCUGUGUGUGUUUUCUGAUAUAUUACAGCGUAUGAGGAUGUAUUCAUAACUAAAUUCCUGUGUUGUUUUUUUUGCUAUUGUUGCACCAAUGGACGGGUCUUAUAUACCUCUGCCAAGACCUGUGUGAUUGUACUUUCCGCUUUUGCAGUCAUCGCUUUGCAACCGGAGUGCGAACCAUUUUUAGUUUUUUUUUUUUUAUAAAAUAAUUGGAUUUUGGACGAGGUGGAGACGGACAUAGCGAAGCGGGGGUAGGGAAGAGGGGGAAGAAGCGACUGUCUAAGGGUGAGGGAAGGAACAGAGGGAUUGUUAAAAACAAACAGAAGACCAAGCCACCGAUCAUUUUAAGCUUUAAGGGCUUGUUUUAGGAUAGUUUUCUGCGGUUGAACUAAUCCGUUGGGCAUCUCCGCAUGUUCACAUGCAACGUUCCCAAAGAACUGUCUUUUCAGCCCCCAGAAUCAGUCGGAAUUAAAAGAAAGAAAGAAAUCCUGGGAGAAAAAAACGGGAUUACAAAAGAAACGAGAACAGUGGAGAACUCGUAUGUUGAAGAGGCCAUAUGAAAAAAUAUUUUGCAGCAAUACAUUUUUAAAUUUGCGCUGUCUUUUUUUGUUACCUGAUAACUCAAUAACCAGGAUAAGAAAGUGAAAGCAAACUGCUCAGAAGUCUGUCUGCAUUUGCUUUUUUGAAGACCGAGAAAAAGGUUGUUCAUUGGCUGAGUUGCGUGGGAUUGACAGGCAAAGUUCCCAAUCGAGGAUGAGCGAACUGGAGCAGCUGCGCCAGGAGGCCGAGCAACUGAGGAAUCAGAUAAGAGACGCCAGGAAAGCAUGUGGAGACUCCACCCUGACCCAGAUAACAGCAGGCCUGGACCCUUUGGGCCGGAUCCAGAUGAGGACCCGCCGAACUCUGCGAGGUCACCUGGCCAAGAUCUAUGCCAUGCACUGGGGCAACGACUCAAGGCUACUUGUUAGUGCAUCUCAGGAUGGGAAACUGAUUAUCUGGGACAGCUACACCACCAACAAGGUGCACGCCAUCCCCCUGCGCUCCUCUUGGGUGAUGACAUGUGCGUACGCCCCCUCGGGGAACUUUGUGGCCUGCGGGGGGCUGGACAACAUCUGCUCCAUCUACAGCCUGAAGACCCGGGAGGGCAAUGUGAGGGUCAGCAGAGAGCUGCCCGGCCAUACAGGAUACUUGUCCUGUUGCCGCUUCAUCGACGACAAUCAGAUCAUCACAAGUUCAGGAGACACGACCUGUGCAUUGUGGGACAUCGAGACAGGCCAGCAGACCACGGUGUUCUCGGGCCACAGCGGCGAUGUCAUGAGCCUGUCCCUGGCGCCGGACUCUCGCACCUUUGUGUCGGGUGCCUGCGACGCCUCCAUUAAGCUGUGGGACGUGCGGGACAGCAUGUGCAGGCAGACGUUCAUCGGGCAUGAGUCGGACAUCAACGCUGUCUGCUUCUUCCCCAAUGGCAGUGCCUUCGCCACUGGCUCUGACGACGCCACCUGCCGGCUCUUCGACCUGCGGGCCGACCAGGAGCUCAGCCUCUACUCCCACGACAACAUCAUCUGCGGCAUCACCUCCGUGGCCUUCUCCCGCUCGGGCCGCCUGCUGCUGGCCGGAUACGACGACUUCAACUGCAACAUCUGGGACUCGAUGAAGGGCGACCGAGCAGGAGUGCUGGCCGGCCACGAUAACCGCGUGAGCUGUCUAGGCGUGACGGACGACGGCAUGGCGGUCUCCACCGGCUCCUGGGACAGCUUCCUCAAGAUCUGGAACUGAGAAGGAGCAGCGGCAGGCGGCCACACACAUGCAUGUAACAUACAGAGUGCACGGCCCCACAAACGCACUGUACAUACGAUUAAAGACACACGGGCUGCGGCCGUGCAGCUGGCUGUACAUAGAUACACGCGCUGAGGGGAACGGUAGAAUAUGGAAGGCAUUUGGCGCCCCCUACAGUCACACAUACACACGCAUGUACCAUAAGCCAAAUCCAUACCUGCGUGUGUAUGUGAGAGACAUGUGUAUGUAACCCUACCGCCUGCACAAUGUCCCCCUUUCUGCGAAAAUAGAAUCCAGUACAGCAUGCAGGGGGGGGGGCACAAUUCUGGGACUUUUAACCUCCACAUGCUCUCCCUUUCUGUGAUGCUGCGUUUCUUCAAUUUGGGUAAUAAAGAGGGUGGUGUAGCUAACCUACACGAGCCAGGGUCCGAAUGGCUCAAACGACGGCUGACCAAUGGCAGUGCAGGAAGCAGGGUCAUGUGACUCAACUUGCUGUUCUCUCUUAAUGGGUUCUAACCUGUUUGUAUAUAUACACAUGUAUACACACAAGUCAAUGUUAGUUUUUGUUUCAAUGUUUUUUUUCCAAUUUUAUAUGCUAUAUUUUUCCUGUGUGCCUCAAUACUUUCAAAGGAUUAUUAAGUACUAAUAUUGAACUCAUAUGGCUGAAAGCAGUGAAAGGCGCUGAAAAGGGGAAUUAGAUUAAUGUUAUGAAAAUGAUACAGCAGAAGAGUGGCUGUCUUCACGUUGUUGGUGUGGUAUGUCUGCAUUAUAAUGGUAUACAUUGUACAUAAUAAAUAUCCAUAAAUACCCAA